AUGGAAGCAGUGCAGGAGGUGAGCUUGGGCGCCCUGCUGGACGCUGGGGACGGCGCCGUGGUGACUCUGGUGGCCGGCGACACGUGGCUGGUGGCGCACAGGGCCGUCCUGGCCGCCAGGAGCCCCGUGAUUGCCGCCAUGUUCCUCCACGGCACGCCGGAGGCCAGCAGCGACCAGCUCGCACUCCCUGACGUGGAGGGCCCAGUCCUGCAAGAGCUGCUGGGCUACCUCUACACCCUGCAGGCGCCCCAGCUGCCCGGCAUGGCCCACCAGCUGCUGGCCGCCGCUGACAGAUACGGAGUGUCCGUCCUGAAGGCAGAGUGUGAGCAGCAGGUGGCCGCACAGCUGUCCGUCGAGACUGCGGCGGCCACCGCUGUCCUCGCCAUUAGGCACUCUGCUGACAGCCUGAAGCAGGCCGCCGUCGCCUACAUUAAGGCCCACUUGGUCAGUGUGAUGGCCACUCAGGGCUGGGCAGAUGCAAUGCGUAGCCAGCCUGAAGAUUUGAUCGAAGUGUGUCGGCUGGUAUCUGAUCCACCAGUGGAAGCCAGGUGA